AUGUGUCCGCUCACUGGAACAAGGCUGCUCCGAGCCGACAGGUGUUCCCAAGCCUCGGGUGUGCGCGCGCGGACACGCGUCAACAAAGGGGAAGAUGCCGCCGUCUCUGGUCUCAAUGAGGACGAUGCUGCCGGAACCACACCAGAGAGAGCGGCGCAGCCGUCAGGAGGGCAGCGCACCAAGCCAAUAGAGCCGGAGGGUUUGACGAGGGGCAAGGGUUUUUUACCCUAUAACCCUACGAGAGAAGGCGCCAAGAUAUCUGAUGCCUCCCUCGGUGAUGCGGCGAGAGCUGAUGCGGUGAGAUGGCGGGCCAUUGAGCUGCCAGAUAUCGGAGGUGAGGGAGGCUAUCCUUUUUGGCAUCUCUCUCUCUGUGCAUGUGUCUGUCGGCCCAUCGCUGCAGGCGUGUCGUUGAGGAGUGAUGGCGGCCUCCUCAUCUGCCGCUGCCGGUGGUGGUGGUGGUGCUGGUGGUUUAUUCAGUUGUCUGCAUGCUGAUCUGUCCAUCUGAGCAUCGAACCAGGUGAGCCGCACACAGAUCAAUGAGCAGCAUGCUUGAUGCACACGAUCCUCUGUCGGCUCUGUCGCUCUGUGCAGGCUGUCGUCGAGCACAUCAUAGCAAACCAGAUGCAGCAACCGCAUCAGGAUCGGGAGCAGCACCCCUUCUCGUAUAUCUUCGUCGGCCGCCGCACCUACUACCUCCUCAGCAGCAUCAAGGACAUCCUGCGGCUGAGGGCCACCUGCACGUGGCUCAGAGGUCUCCUCGGAGCGGCACAGCUGAGAGAUCGGCUCCGCCACUCGCUGGGCUCACAGGAGGGGCUGCGGCGGGCGGUGAAUGGGCAGCAAGUGCAGCUGCUGCGGUUCGAUGACGACCAGUUCGGCGUCCAUGAUCUGCUGGCGGCUGUGUGUGUGAUGGAGGAGGGAGAAUGGGUGGAGAUGGGCGAGGUGAUUGAGCUGGCGGCGCAGUGCGGCAACUGUGAGCUGCCUGUCAUCCUAACAGCCGAUGACAUCAACACACACGCAAACAAAACGGUGAGCCAGCAGACACAGGGGCGGGGAGGGGAGGGAGAGGACCUCAUUCUGUCUGUGUGUGUGUGUGUGGUCUGUGUGUAGGCGUAUGUGUCGGCUCCCCGUGUGUUGGCGCAGCUUAAGAUGGUCGGCCGCCACGUCCGCUUCAGUGACGACAGCUGCCUGCAGCUGUUCCAGCACGGCAACGACUGGCGGGCCAUCACUGACGAGCCCGGCUUCCGAGUGGAGGUCGACCCGCCCCUCCCUGCCGGCCACCUGUACCAGCAGUACCGACAGCCACACGACCCACCAGUGCGUGAGCGCAUCUACUACUCGCCCGCCAACGCCAGAUGGAUGUCGACCGGUGGCCCGGGGUACACCGAGGCGUCAGUAUCGUCCUUUGCCAAGUUUAUGGUCCUUGAUCACUUCAACAAGACUCACCAGAUCAAUGACCAAUCAAUUAUACUCAACAGGUGACAACUCACCGAUGGCACCAGGUGCGCCGUUGAUUGUGCGUAUGCAUGUGGUUGGUUCAGGUAUGUCGGUGGCGGCCGUCUGGAUGGCCUGCUGACCGAGUCGCCCCACACACCAGUGGCGGGCUGCACCACCACACUCGGCUGGGGCGUUGAUGUGCGGUUUCUGGUGCUCACCGGCAGCAACCACUCCUUCGCCGCAUGGAUUGACAUUAGGAGAUCAGGAAACAACAACGGUCAGGCCUUCCCGACAGAAAGGAAGCUCUGCUAGUCAUCACUGCCUUCUUUCCUUUGUGUGCAGUGGGUGUGCGUGUCAGGACCACUGAGGCGGCUGUGUGUGGGAGUGGUCCCUUCAAGCACCGCUUCCCGGUGACCACCCAGCUGGCUCGUGUGGCGUUGCGGGCGGUGGCGCCAUACGCCUUCGACGGGCAAGUAUAGCAGCAGCAGCAGCAGCAGCAGUAGACGACGGAUUGAUCAAGGAGGAGAGUGAGGACGUGGCUGCUGCCGCCGGCCCUCAGCCAUGUCCCAAUGUCAGUGACG